CAAACCGCCAUGCAAGCCACGUCGGUGGCUGCAGCGCUCGUGGUCCUUCCGGUAGUACUCUGGCGCAUUUUAAGGCGAAAUCCUCUCCCACUCCCGCCUGGACCGCCAAAGCGGUUUCUCAUUGGCAACCUCCACCAGUUGCCCAAAUCCAAGCAAUGGCUCGCUUACGCAGAAUGGGCGAAACAAUACGGCCCAAUAAUGACGCUGCAGAUAUUCAGCCACACCACCAUCAUUCUGACGUCGGCAAAGGCAGCAAUCGACCUCCUCGACUCCCGGGCGGGGAUAUACUCGGACCGGCCGUUCACGUGGAUGCUCUCGCGCCUAGCUGGCAACGAAAACGCCAUGUUUGGCCUGUCGUCUCUGGAUUCGCGCUUCCCGCGGUACCGCAAGAUGCUCACCGUCGGAUUGAAUAAACGCGCCGUGGCCAAGUAUAGACCAGUACUGGAGAAUGCGCUCAAAGGCUUCCUGAAGAACGUGUCAAACGACCCGGACAGCUACGGGUCGCUGUUGACAACAUAUAGCGGCGGCAUCGCGUUGAAGAUUGCGUAUGGCUAUGAUGUUGUAGAGCCAGCUGAAGAGGACUACUUUGUUCAACUCAUCGACGGGGCAGAGGGAACAGUGCCGAUUCUCAUCCAGAAAUUCUAUUUCGUUGAGCUUUUCCCUUUUCUCCGGUUCUUACCGAAAUGGUUCCCGACCGCCGCAUUCCACCGCGUUGCCGCAAACAGCAGGAAGAUCAUGGACGCGAUGGUGUAUGUGCCCAACGACUGGGCGAAGAAGAAACUUGAAACAAAUCCUUCGGAUCCGUCCUACUUUUCUGGGCAUUACUUCUCCCACGAAGACGGCACCCCGCUCAGCGAAGCUGAAGCGCAAGACCUCAUGUGGACCGCCGGCGCCAUUUACACAGGCGGGGCACACACGACCUCCUCGGCCAUAACAUCAUUCCUCUUGCUUAUGACAACCCACCCCGAGGUUCAGGCCCGUGCUCAGGCUGAACUCGACCAAGUUGUCGGACGCGGAAGACUCGUCAACUCGGACGACCGCGCUUCACUGACAUAUAUUGCCGCGAUGAUUAAAGAGACCAUGCGUUGGGCUCCUCCGGUGCCGCAAGGCCUCCGUCAUCGCGUUACGCAGGACGACGUCUACGACGGAUAUUUCAUUCCCAAAGGGGCGAUGAUUCUGUCCAACAUCUGGGCGAUAACACACGACCCAGAAAUGUACCCCAACCCGUCAGACUUCGACCCAACUCGCUUCCUCGGUGAAACGCAGCAGCACGAUCCAUAUGACUUCAUAUUCGGUUUCGGACGCCGUGUCUGCCCAGGCGCAACCCUCGCCGAGGAGACUGUCUUCCUCGCCGCCGCAAACCUUCUCGCGCUAUUCGACAUCAAGAAGGCGCUCGACGACGCGGGGAAUGAAGUGGACCCAAUGAAAGACUUGGAUUGGCGCACUGGACUCGUUACUCAAGCACUCAAUUUCAGAUUCCGGCUGAUCCCUCGCUCGAGCGAUACGUUGGUCAUUAUCGAGUCUUAG